CAACGUUGCUACGCUGGGAAUUUUGCCAAAAUUUCGUAAUAUUCAGCCUCCCCGUCGAGAUGAUGUGCGACACCACAAACCGGAGUUUUCGGACGCAGUUAGCGGCUAUCCUGGAAAAACUGACGAAGGCGGCUUUGGUUGAAAUAGGCAACCUAGCUGAUGAGUGCUCCUCCGUCCUUCACACCGAGAUGUCCCUGCACAAGACGGAGAAUGAGGCGUUGAAGAAGAGGUGUUACUCACUGGAGGUCCAGCUGAGAGCGGCGAGGGAGGCACAGACCUAUCCGGCACAUGUCAACAGUGUCAGCCGGCGGCACCCUGCAGAACAGCAGCAGCCUGCUCCAGCCAUCGAUGGAGUUUUUGGAAAGGACUGGUGUAUGGACUUUUGGAGAGAAGAGAAACUCCCCUGUCACAGAAAAGAGACAAUGGAGCCUCCUGCUAUGACAAGCAUGGGAGCACAGGCAAUAGAUUUGAUGGAGAGAGAACCUGAUCUCAUCUUUGUCAAGGAGGAGACAUAUGAUGAUCAUCCCAUUGGCCAGCAGAUGGGUUUCACAGAUAACAGAAAAACAGUUGUUGGAAUUUUUGAGGAGGACAGCAUGCUUCAUAGAUCUGUUGAUGAGCUGCAGCUUCACUCAGGGGAAUUAAACAACUUCCCCAUGACGGUUGACAGUCAAGCACAACAACGCACACAACCGACAAUUAUGGACAAGUUAAUAGAUGAUGCAACAAUGAGCACUCUGGUUGACAACACAAAUCCUCCUUCAGCCGCCAUCGAAUACUCUGACUACACGAACGAUAUCCAGACGGACUUAACCAAAAAAGUCACCAUGCAGCCAAAACCUCUGAAGCUAACAAAACAGUUUGAGUGCUUAUUCUGUGGGAAAGUAUUCAACUAUUUGAGCAGUUUAAAAGUCCACAUCAGGCGACACUCCGGCGAGAAGCCGUUCAGCUGCUCAGUUUGCGGGAAGCGGUUUGCUCAGAAAACGUACCUGAAACUGCACCAGCGCGUGCACUCGGGGGAGAAGCCGUACAGCUGCCCAGACUGUGCCAAAAGUUUUUCCCAGAAAAGCUCUCUGAACAUACAUCUUCGGACACACACGGGUGAAAAGCCUUAUAGCUGUGUGGAUUGUGGGAAAUGUUAUGCAUACAAGUACGGUUUAAAUCACCACCAGUGUUUCACUUGACUAGACAAACAGCCACAUGGAGCCACAAGAAGUGCUUUCAGUAAUACUCAGAGUAGCUCAACAUGUGCCAAUAUGUCCAAGUACCUCUUCUAAAUUAAAGAAAAGCAAAUUUUAUAGCCCAUAUAAUUAUCAGUGCUGCUGUGAAAUGUUUUCGUGAGUUUUUAGUUUUAUUGACAUAAGAGAUGCUGCAGCCAAAUGAAGGUAUAGAGAAUAUCUGUCCCUUUCUAGUGUACCAUUUGAUUGAGUGGGAUUAGAGCCGUUGCGAGUAGACCGGCUGAUGUCGAUAUUUAGAGAGCAAGAGGCUGAUGGCCUAAUACGUAAUGUUGAUAUUAUGUUGUUUUUAUUUUUUUGCCUCUGAUAAAAUACAACAGUUUAAAUCAUAAUAAGAAAUUGACAAAAUUGCUGAAUUUAAAUGAACAUUUAUUUAACUCUCAUGUAUUAUUCACUUGAUCACAGACAAAUAUUUGAAAAUAUAAAAUGUGCAUUGUCUGUUUGCAUAAGUAGAUCUGCACUCUGCACUCUACUCAUUAUUUUCAAUUAAAAAAAAAUGUCCACAGGUAAUCAAAAAACUUAACUGUAAAAAAAAAAAAAACCUUUGACCUAAAUGACCUAAAUGGCCUUGUGAGUGCAGCACUGGCUUGUGCUGUUGAUCACAAAAUGCCAGAUAUCUGCCAGAUUAAUGGGUCUAUCCCUAGCCGUUGCCAAACUGUAGGAUUCCCUCUUUUUGCCUUUAAAGUCAGUCACAUUAUGCUUAAUAAGGAAAUUGUCAUAGAUUAAAUGAGACACAUUUUCUGAUCCAAGCUAUGACAAAAAAUACCUCCCAUUUUAUUCAUGCAUGAUGUCAUAUGGCUGGUGCAACAUGUUACACAUACCUCAGUGUCAUAUAUAUCAGGCCACAAAAGGCCUGUGUCAAACGAUGUUGAAAUUAUUUUGGACAAGUGCUCCAUUGUUUGCACACCUGUAGCAUAAACCUUCAAAACUACCUCUUCACAACAAAGCAGAAGAACAAUCCUCAGUUUUCUUCAUUACCCAUGUCUCACUUAUGCUUUGUAUUUACCGUAUGCCAUGUCUAAUUUUUUGGCAUUUAACUGUGCAGAAAGUGGAUCUUUGAAAAACAUGACUGUUUAAAAGAAAUGUUGAUGCGUGUCGGUCACAUAAUCAAAUGAUUUACAGAGAUUGUUCAGGUCUAAAUGGUGUCACUGUUUGAAAAUGUAUUUGUAUGGUUGCGUUAUUAUUGUAGAAAGACGAGUUGUGUUGUCAUUGUGCAGUCAAGUGGGACUGUCAGUUGUUUUUUUCUAAAUAUUAACCAUUUCUUUUUGAGAAAUCAUGUUUUAUUCUGUUCUUUCCUUCGACAAAUCCUCAUCAGAACUGUCAUCACCUAGACAGAGCAAUUAGUGGUAGUAAGGACUUGUUUUACCUGUAAUAUUACGAUUUCCUUGAACACACCACACUGACCUCACUAAAUGAAUUCUCCAAGCCCAAGAAAGAAAUCUUGGGCUGUUGAUUUUUUUUUUUUUUUUCCACUCACACCUGCAUGACCCUUACAAGGCCCUGUCAGAUGUGCUUUGUUCAGAUUGUCAGAGUUGAAUAUUAUACUCAAGGCAAUUUCAAUUUAGAUUAGACGAAAAAAUAUAUACUUUAAAAAGAAGAGUUAUAUCAAUAAAAGAUGUAAUCACAAAGUGA